CACACACACACACACACACACACACCUAGACACACCUCUCACACACACCUCAAACACCCGCACACGCUCUCUCCUCCAUCCCAAUCACUCUAAGACACCUCCUCUACAGCCACACAGUACUGCCACUGAGAGAAGUGUUAUGUCAGGACCCAGGCCGGUUGUUCUGAGCGGCCCCUCAGGGGCAGGGAAGAGCACUCUGCUAAAGAAACUGCUGAAGGACUACAAGGGAGUCUUCGGCUUCAGCGUGUCACAUACAACCCGGGAUCCACGUCCAGGAGAGGUAGAUGGCAAAGGCCUGUUCUGUCUACCUAUGCUUCUGGGGGCUACAUUACUGCCCCUGGCAGACGUCCUAUCGUCUGUUUCAUCUGCAGAUUACCACUUCACAAACAGGGAGGCUAUGCAGGAGGAUAUUGACACGGGAGAAUUCAUUGAGACUAAUGAGUUUUCUGGCAACCUGUAUGGAACAAGUAAGUGUGCUGUACAGGAUGUGAGGGCCAAGGGCCUCAUUUGUAUUUUGGAUGUGGAUAUUGCGGGAGUGAGACACAUCAAGGAAACUGACCUGGACCCCAUCUAUGUUUCUAUCCAGCCCCCCUCUAUUGAGGUCCUGGAAGAGCGUCUGAGGGGUAGAGCGACGGAGACGGAGGAAAAAAUCCAGAGCCGCUUGGAGGCAGCACGGAUUGACAUGGAGGAGUGCAAUGAGCCUGGAUUGUUUGACAUUGUCAUUGUCAACGAUGACUUGGAUGAGUCCUAUGAGAAGUUGCAAAGUGUUCUUAAGGAGGAAAUAAUGAGAGUUCAGGAUGGCAUCAAGUCGUAAGGAACUACAGUAAGAGCGUCCCAGUCUUCCUCUUGCCUGGUCCCUUACAGGCGAUACAUAAACCAACAUUUGACACCAGCUAAUUUCGAUUUAGCCACAAAAGGGAACGUUCUGAAGGUUGCCAUAUGACGACUGUGGGGAUAUCCGCAGAAACGCGUACUACUGUAUGCACCUAAGAUUCAAGAAGAUGGUCUAAAACUCUUAGGUUGUUUUCCACAUUCAUUCAGUCUGUCAUUUACGAGGAAUUUUGAGUAAGACAAAGGGACAUUUGAAAGGUACGUAUAGAGUAUAGUCAAAAGUUCAUGUCUACUUCAUACCUUACUGCCAACUGGGCUUGAGCCAUGUAGACAAAUAGAAACCACUGCCAAAGCCAUUAUAAUCUAAACGUUUGACAAUAUACUUAACAUGCCCCUGACUUGACAUUUGUGAUGAAUGCCUUUGACUUGUGCGAUGACCAUCCCGCAUACAGUAUGAUGGACAAACAACCCGAUAAGUCGUCAAAUAAAAGUUGUGCAUAAAACGGUGUCUUAGCUGUGAAAUGUCAUAUUAGCGGACUAGCUUUGAGUUAAACACUGCUAUGUCUUCAUCUUAAUCUAAUUAUAUUCUUAUUGGUCAAAUAGUAAAAACACCAUUCUGUGUUCUGUAGUCUCAUUUUUCUCUCUUGGUUUUAAGCAAUGAUAGUGUAGUCUGAAUGAUGUUACACCAAAUGUAAGGAUGUGUAUGGUGGGGUGUUAUACUAAUUGAACAGUAUUUGUGGAUGAAUAUGUAACUGACUGGGUAAGGACCAAAGCACUCAACACACAGCUUUAAUAGGUCAAAGGUCAGACCAGAGGUUGUCAGUUUAACUCGCAGGUCAAUUACUGUAGCCAUCCAUCUGCAGAAAAUCAAAUGUGUGUCUCUUGUAGCGUAUGCAACGGAGCUAGACAAAUAAAAAGUACUUACCACUCA